UUCCAUGGAGCAACUGCUGGGCGGGAAGCCGAGGCAGCUGUCAGUGGGGGCUCUGGCCGCUUUCUCCUUGGUUUCUCUCUGCUGCUGCUCUCUGGGGGUUCCGGGCAGAGAGGUCGUCUGGACAUCGUUGAACGAUGACCUCUUGCUGCCGUAUCCUCCUUCCCAACACGGCCCCCAGCACCCCUACCGGUACGUCCGAGACUGUCAGCUUGUCGUGCACGGCAACACAACGCACGAGUCCUGGCCCGCCGACAACAGCAGCAUCGGCCCGCUGACCGUCACCCGUGCGUUUGUGUCCUACUUCCCUCCCGAAGGGCAGAACCGAAGGGCGGUGUAUGGGCAUUUCACCGUGGUGAGAGACCCUUUAAGGACAUUCUCUGUGCUAGAACCCGGUGGGCAGGGGGGGUGUCUGAGCCGCACGAGAGCCACCGUGGAAGAGACCGCCAGGCUCGGGCAAUGCCUUGUGGCCCAGAACGGCGGCUAUUUUGACAUGGACACCGGGAAGUGCCUUGGGAACGUCGUGAGUGACGGGCAGUUGGUACAGACCUCCAAAGGACUGCAGAAUGCUCAGUUUGGCAUCCGGCAAGAUGGCACGCUGGUCGUUGGCUAUCUUUCUGAAGAGGAGGUCUUAGCGAAGGAGAACCCUUUCAUCCAGCUGGUGAGUGGGGUGGUUUGGCUGUUGCGGGACGGCAACGUUUACGUGAAUCAGAGCCAAGCCUUGGAAUGCAGCAAGACCCAGGAAACAGGGACUUUUGACACCUUCAUCAACAUUGUGUCUGCCAGGACGGCUGUGGGACACGAUAAAGAGGGGCGCUUGGUCCUAUUGCACGUGGAUGGCCAGACAGGUGGAAGGGGCCUCAGUCUCUGGGAGAUGGCGGCUUUUCUGAAGCAGCAGGGAGUGGUCAAUGCGAUCAACCUGGAUGGUGGAGGGUCCGCCACCCUCGUCUUAAAUGGGACCCUUGCCAGUUACCCUUCUGACCACUGCCAGCCAGACCCCAUGUGGCGUUGCGCUCGCCAGAUUUCGACUGUCGUGUGUGUCCACGAGCCUCUAUGCCACCCUGCAGACUGCAGUGGCCACGGACGCUGUGUGCUUGGGGAGUGCCACUGCAGCGGAGCUUACUGGAGCGGGCCUGCCUGCGACAUCUUGGACUGCGGCCCUUUCAACUGCACUCCGCAUGGGACAUGUACAGAAAUGGGGUGUCUCUGCGAUGCCGGCUGGAUGGGCCCGAAUUGCAGCCAAGCCUGUGCAAAUGGUUCCUACGGAGAUGGGUGCUCCCAGAGAUGCCUUUGCCUGAACGGUGGUUGGUGUGACCCCGUGCAAGGGUCGUGCAUCUGCUUGACUGGCUACCAAGGAACUCUCUGUGAAGAAGCCACGCAGCGUUUGCUGAAUGCCAGUCGUAACUCUGAACUUAUUUUCACAGAGAGAACCUGGAUCGCUAUAACCUCAGUCCUGGCUCUCCUGCUUCUGCUCAGCGCCGUGGGAAAUGCCAAACUCCUCUUCUGCCGGUCCACGGGACGACAGAACCGGAGCAAGUACACCUAUCAGCCGCUGGAGGAAAUGAACGGGGAGUCAGCCCACAUUUACUCGGCCGCAGCAUGGAAGAACGAAGAUGACGCAGCGGACGAGUGGGACCCAGACCAGGCAGAGGCAGUCGAAAGCAUCUGAUUGUCGGUCCGAAGGAGGCUUCCGUGUUUCUGGGGCAGGCCGGCCGGCAUCUUCCAGAGAUCUGCUUUAAUGUGCAAGCCGGCUGCUCUUCUUGUUUGCAAAAGACUGGCUGCUGUCGCAAGGAUUUCUCCGCUGGGGAAAAUGAGCCCGUGCCAAUUCCCAACUCCAUCCCAAGACCCCUUGGGUCGCUGAGCUGGAAAAGCCAACAAACGCCCCCCUGCUGGGGGGUGGCUUGGAAAAAUCCUGUUGUUUUGCAGUCUGUGAACAGAACCUAAAGUGUCUCGUGAAAACACUGGGUUUACCGGAUCCUGCCGCUUGUAGUCGCCGUUGCAACGACAUUGGGAUCGAAGAGGCUCAGUGUCUUCUUUCACUGGAGCAGGAUUGUAAUGCUUGGAGGCUACGGCGGCAAGAAUGCAGAGGUCUGAUCCUGCUUUAUUGAAGCCAGAGCCUCAGCCAGGCAUUCGUCUUGGGGGAAGCCCACUUCUGGCCUUAGCUUUCCCCAGCGGCAUGCCUAAAAAAAUCCAUCGUCAGGAAAAACAGUCCUCAAGGGAAAUAACUGCCAUUUAGCCACUAGGGGGCAGCAAGCGUACAUUACCCUUGAACAAAGCAGGAGUCAAGCGGCACCUUUAAGACCAACCUGUUUUUAUUUAGAACGUCAGCUUUCGUGUGCUCUUAAGCACACUUCAUCAGACGAGGAAUCCAGCACAGUGAGCAAAGCCAUACAUAGCUGAGCAGAGCCAUACAGAGCUGGUAGGCAGUGGCCCAGAAUGCAACAUGGUACAGAUUUAAGAACCAAGGACAGUGAAGUAAAAUUAUCUGGUAGGCAGUGGUUUAGAAUGUAAAAUGUCAUUGUACCAUUUUACAUUCUAAACCACUGCCUACCAAAUAAUUUUACUUCACUGUCCUUGGUUCUUAAAUCUGUACCAUGUUGCAUUCUGGGCCACUGCCUAUCACCUAUAUAUGGCUCUGCUCAGCUAUGUAUGGCUUUGCUCACUGUGCUGGAAUCCUCGUCUGAGGAAGUGUGCUUAAGAGCACACGAAAGCUUACGUUCUAAAUAAAAACUGGUUGGUUUUAAAGGUGCCGCUUGACUCCUGCUUUGUUCAACUGCUUCAGACCAACACGGCUGCCCGCUCGGAUCUAUAUACAUUACCCUUCUCCCUUUUUAAUUUAUGAUGCAAAAUGCACACCAUAAUACAAAAGGAAAUGAGUAAAAAAAAAGGGGGGGGACAUUAGGAGCAAGCUUAUUGAAAAAUAAAGAAGACUGGACCUCUCCUACCACGUCAACUGUGGAACCUUUCUUGGCAACCUGCUAGUGGAAACAAAAAGCCGGACAAUGACGCAGCAGUUACAUUCGUUGUCUUAAAGCACUAAAAGACAUAUGCAGUAAAGACAUUCCACAGGAAUACAUAUUUUGCUGUUGGGGUGAUGGUGGCGGUGAGCAUUUUGGGUUUUGGUGUUGCUAGAUCUUCUUUACAGGAUUUUGACUCACAGUCGACAGUUGGAAUAGAUGUGCCUAUGAAAUGCAGCCAUGUUUACAGAGUUCUACCGGCCAGCAGAGCUGGGUAAGCCAAAUGGACUUUGGAAAAGCCACAAAGAAGGGCGAUUCCUUGGGAAGGAAUUCAGGUAAUGACAGCUGGAAAAGAAAAGGGUUUUUCCCCCGUCAUGACUUCUACUUUGAACGCUUUCUUUAGCUUAUCAGAGCGGUACCUAUGAAUGUCUCUCAUUUGAUUUUUUUUAAAAAACUAAUAUAUUUUAAAAGAUGUAAGUAUUUCUUAAGAGCGAGCAACCUGACUGGAACUUAUUUUGAAAACAGAACUUUACCUGAGCCAGAAGAAUUAACCCUUUGGGUACAAUGUGCACUCUUUUUUUUUGUCCCAGCUGCCAAAGACAGAGACCUCCAUAUCCCAAGGGGGUGUUGCGUGUGCUUCAUAAUCUAUUUUGCUAUCUCUAAAAUAUUAAGGAAAGACUUGAACGAACUUGGCAUUCGCAACCGGUGUGGGGACUGACUUUGUCUAUUAAAUGGACAUUUUUCUUCCUUGAA